GAGUAACUAUGGGCUUCUCUUAUCAGUUGCAUUGUGAAGAGGCCUCUACAUGGACACAUUUGUGGAUGGGGCAGAGGGUCUGGUCUCCUCUUUCAGCCAGAGUAACCCUCUCUACGACAAGGAUAUGAAGCUGAGCAGAAGUGACAUCUACAGCUUCCAGAGCAGUGAUAUCAAGCCAGCAAAACCCAAACAGUGUUGUUUGAAUUUUGUUGUGGUCUACCUGAUUUUACUGACUGGAUUGAAUGCAUUUCUUCUGUAUAAAGUAUUUACUCUGGAGUCUGGAAGUCACAUGGCUUCUGACAAACUGACCUCCUCCGAUCAUAUUCCCGUGGGGGGUGAGCAAGUUGAUCUCCCCAUGAUGGUACACAACAUUAGUCUUGAGACUCGCUCUAUGAAAGGCCAGUUGGGGACAUUGAAGACCCAAAUUAGCAGUCUUUGUGGUGAGGAGGGACAACUGGGCAAGCUGAAGGCAGAGCUGGGCAUAGUCAAUGCCAGCACACACCUCCUUCAGGACAAAUUUGAAACACUGAGCCGUAAAGCAGGCCCCCCUGGACCAAAUGGACCAAAGGGUGAAUCUGGAAUGGCAGGAGAGCGUGGUCCAAUGGGUGCAUCUGGAGAAGCUGGACCUUCUGGUCUGAGAGGAGAAAAAGGAGACAAAGGUGAAGCUGGACAGUCUGGCCCAAGAGGGGAAAUAGGACUCACAGGAAAACCUGGAGAACAAGGCCCCACUGGUCAACCAGGCCAAGAUGGUUCCCCUGGAGACCAAGGACCUGAGGGACCAGCUGGUCCUGUUGGUCCCCAAGGUCUUAAAGGAUCCCAAGGACACCCAGGGGCUCAAGGACCAGGAUCAAAAGGGGAAAAGGGGGAUCCUGGAUCACCAGGACCUCUAGGAGAGCCAGGCAAAGAUGGGCCUAAAGGAGAUAAAGGGGAUGAUGGGGGAGUUGUGGUUACUGGGUUGCCAGGAAUACCUGGUCUGAAGGGAGACAGCGGCAGACCGGGAAUACCUGGAGCACGAGGACCACCAGGACCAAUUGGACUUUCAGGCUUUAAUGGCACCAACGGUCUGAGAGGAUUUCCAGGCUUAGCUGGUAAUCCUGGAGCAGCAGGUCCUCGUGGAGAGAAGGGAGAGAGAGCAGGUACUGAAAUUGUGCGCAUUGUGGGUGGGGGGCCUCGAGGGAGAGUGGAGGUGCUCAACAUGGGGGUCUGGGGCACUGUGUGUGAUGAUGGCUUUGAUACUCUCGAUGGGACUGUGAUCUGCAAGAUGCUGGGGUAUCACAGAGCCAGUGCUGUCUACACGGCCAACCCAGGACUGGGUAAGAUCUGGCUUGAUGACCUGCGAUGCAGAGGCACUGAAACCAGUGUGUUUGAUUGCCCUCACAACGGCAUGGGUGUCAACAACUGUGAACACCAGGAAGACGCUGGGGUUACGUGCAUCUAAAACUUAGACAGAAAAAUGGAUGGACAAGCAAACACAUACACAAACAAGUACACAGAGAUAUAUACACACUCUUCAUAAUAGCUACAUAUAUUACUUUCUUAGCUGGAUAAUGUUGUAUCAGUCACAGCAAAUAAUGUUAUUAAGGCUUGUAUAGUGCUACAUGGUACAAUCUUUAUUCAGAAUGAUUAGUUGUUGACAUAAACUCUGUUUAGCAAAUAUGGCAACUUUACAAUGUAACUAUAAUUACAGUAAAUGUCAGUGUUGCACUAAGUCUGUUCUGAAGAAGUUGGUAGAAGGUAAAUGGACUGCAUUUAUAUAGCGUCGAUAUAGUCUUCUCUAGGGCAUUAUCUACUUACCUGGCUUAGAAUAUAACAUCAGCAUUUAAUGUAAUUUUACUCAAUACAUUAAGGAAUAAAAAAUUAACUCCUAUCUUUG